UAAAACACCAGGAAAUUCUUUAAAAAGACCGAAUACAACAUUAUUAGAUUCACCAGAUUUAAAAAUAUUUAAGAAACAAAACAUCAAUGAAAAAAAAAAAUAAAUAAGAAAGAUAAGUCUUCCAACUGCAGUAUGUCACCGUUAAUUGAUUGUAAUAAUGAUGUUGAUAACGAUCAAUGUUCUUCAGAGAUUUCAUCAAUUGCAGAUGAUGCUGAUCUUGAUAAAGAUUACAAUCCAUCACUUAUUACCAAUCAAAAUAUUCUUCUUGAAAAUGAUGAUGGGAAUAAUAAUUUAUUUGAUAUAUCAGAUAUUCUUGAUCGUGAUGAAUUGAUGAACGAUUAUGGCGAUGAUGAGUCAAAUAAUGCAGAUGAUAAUUCUAAACAUGUUAUAAAUUCUUCAAAAAUGGUAGUACUACCUACCACCAAUAAUAACGAAAAAAAAAAAAAUGAAACACUACCAAACCCAGCUAUUGAUACUUUAAAUUAUUCUUACACACAACAGGAUAUUUCUUCAUCACUAUUGCAGACUGCGAAUAAUGAAAAAUUUCAAAAAACUAUUAUAAACUAUUUGGCAUUUUUAAAAGUAGAGGUAUGCAAGAUAUCUAAUAGACAGGAAGAACUAUUUGAAUUGUUUAAUUACUCGCAAUUUAGUAGAUCUCUGACAGCUGCAGCUGAUGAAAGUAAUUUUGAAAUAGAUUAUUUUGUGUCAAAUUGGCCAAUAUCUGAUAUAAACGGAAUUAAUUAUAUGGAAGACAAAAUGAAAUCAGACAAUUCUUUUCAAAAACUUAUUGUGUGUGAAUUAGCCAGAACUGGUGGAAAAUCAUUGCCAAAUAUGAUAUAUAAAAUUUUGAAAAAGGUGUUUACAGAUAAAGUAUUAACUGAAUAUACUUACUACGGACUAAGAAAUAAAAAUAGUUUUUCAAUUUUAUCUAUAAAUAAAGCAAUAUUUGAGGCUAUCAAAAAGUCAAAGUUCAAAAGCUGCUGUGAUGAUGAGGUAAUUACAGCUAUAGGAAAAUGGCUCACCAGUGCUAAGGGAAGGCUGGAGAAAAAAAACCAACAGCUGUAAUAAUAGUUGAUACACUAUUAUUUUUUUUUAUAACAUUUGUUUUUAGGUUUCUAUGUUAAUUUCAAUUAAUUAUAGGUGCUAUAAUGUACCUAAACAUAAUUAUAUUAAAAGUUUAUUAUUUUUUUUUAU